AUGUCGGAAAUUUCAGGAAGCAAUCUUGCAUCCAAUCAGAGUCUAGAAUCAGUUCAGUUCACUUCUGAAUUAUCAGAAUCCGAGGAAAAAAUUUCUAGUGAUAUUAUAGAUGAAGGUAAAAUUGCCAUUGUGUCAAUGAAGAAAUUGUCAUUUACUGAGUGUGCAAAUUUAGUAAUGGAUGGUAUCAAAAAUGAUGAUACCGAUGGUGGUGAGUUAUACGAAGGAAAAAAAAUAGAAGUGAUUAAUGAAGAAGUUACUGAUAAUAAUUUUAGUGGGACAACGUUAAUGACACUUAGGACAACAAGAACUUUAAAUGAUGAGCUUGAUAAAGCUGAAGUCUUAUAUGGCGAAGCGUCUGGUGGUCUCAAUUCUUUUGGUGUACCCAAUGCUACUAGAAAGAAAAGAUUAUUAGAUAAAAUAAAAUUAUCAAUUAUGUUAAGAGACUCAAUAAAUAGCCCAUUAAAAGGGUGA